AUGUGGGGGAGGGAGGCUAGGCCAGAUCUCUCCCCUAGCUGUGGGAAGAGGAGAACAGAUGCAGCUGUCACUCAUAUGUAUAAAGCAAGCGCCAGGCAAUCAGAGCAGCGCGGACCCCAGCAGGCGGCCUGGACAGGCAAAAGAAUGUUUUCCCUCCUGCUCGCUCUCUCUCUGCUGGCGUGGGAGGCAGCAGCCGGCCUGACAGACAGUGCAGCUCCAGCUGCAUUGGGGGAUUUUACAGCUCUUUUCAAGUUGACCCAGCAAGACCCCUGGGAAAACGACGUUAAUCUUACCAGCAUGUCCUGUGAGGAUCUGGGGAACAAGACAUGGACCCAUUUGCGACUGAACAACAACAGCCUGCAAGCCUUCCCUGCCUGCCUGCCUGGGGGUCUGGAGGCCUUAGAUCUCAGCACCAACCAGUUACCUUCGCUGAGUGGCGUGGAGAUAGCGAACUUCUCAAAGCUGCGUGCCCUCUCCUUGAGGCACAACUACAUCCAAGAAAUUGCGUGGGGAACCAGAGCCCUCGGUAGCCUCCAGUUCCUGGACCUAAGCGCUAAUAAAUUGUCCUCUCUGCCAUCAUGCCAGACAGCCCACCUGCCAAACCUGAAGUGGCUGUCGCUGGCUGGAAACCCCAUCACUGAACUCCAGCCUCUGUCUUUCUCCUGUUAUCCACAGCUACAGUUCCUGAACUUGUCUGCCACUCUGCUAGGGCAUGAGAAUGGCGGAGGGAUUAGUGCUUCAGCCUUUGCCUUGAAUGUGUUGCAGGGAGACACCGGGAACAGAGCUAGGAGCACCAUUGACGUGCUUGACCUGAGUGGGACCUUUCUCGAGACAAGUAAGUUUGACGAUUUUUGUGGUACUCAUGGGAUGGUGUACAGAUUCUCAAAAUUUUCAUCUCCUAGCUGUAACCUGAGUUCCUUUAAUCCUUGGAAUAUCAACUCAUCAGGUAGCAUCAGCAUCAACCUGUAUGGAAAUCCUUUAGAGUGCAACUGUGGACUUUCCUGGCUACUUUCUGAUCCAGAGAGAGUUGUACUGCAAAGGGCAUCUGACACCAUUUGCAAUACAGCCUCAGAAGACAGAGAGAAGCCUUCAUCCUCAUCGUCUCUUUCGCUGUUACAACUCUAUGAUGAAUGCCAGGCCAAGAGAAAUACCACAUUCCCCACAUCAAACACUCCCCCUCUCACGGAAGACUCUUCCAACCUUCCCAUUAUUGAUUCCACUACUGUGGCAGCAAUGAUGGACUCUGCUCUAUUUGCUGAAGAACUUUACAGCGACUCCUUGGUGUCACGAAACAUGGUAAGUAUGACGCAAACAGCUCAGAUGAAGAAUGAUCCCACAACUGCGGACCUUUUUUCCAAAUCUACUACUGAUCCCACUACUGAAGGAACAGCAGCCACCUCUUCAACAAUUCUGGGAGAGCUUUAUAGCGACUCCUUAACUCAGCAAAGCACUGAGAGUACAAUCAAAACAGAUCCAUUGAAGAGAAAUGCUACAACGACCACCGCUUUGUUUCCUCAAGAGGAAACAUUCUACCAGUCUACUAAUAACCCUUCCACUGAAGCGACAAGACUAAUAGGGACAAACUCUCCUCUUUUUCCUGGCACAGUAAGUCCAUCUCAGACAGAUCAACAGCCGCAUAACCCCACAAACCCAAACCUUAUUCCAAAUCCUACCCAUGCUGUAAUAAAAGUGGAUUAUGAAGAUGACUAUUACGAUGAUCAACCAAAGGAAAGCGUAACUCAACUGAUAAUAGUCUCUUGUGACUACGACCCCUGCCACCAGCUCCAGAAGCCAUGCUCUGAACUUCAGAGGUUGUCCCCAUGUCUGUGUCCUGGAGUGUCUGGGGAAGACACUGUUCCAGAUCCACCGAGGCUCAGAGAAGUGUCUGAAACGACAGACACAUCAGCACAGAUCCACUGGUGUGCCCCCAGUUCAGUUGUUCAUACUUAUCAGCUUGCAUACCACGCCAAAGGCAGUGAGAAGACCCAGAUCCUGGUUGAUGAGAUCUAUCCCACAGCGAGGCAGCAUACACUAUACAAACUUUCACCAGACACCACCUAUUGGGUGUGCGUGAUUGCUUCUAACAAAGCAGGAUCAAGCCAGACGACAAGUGAGAAGAUUUUGGGCAAUCCGUGCACCCAGUUUACAACAAAGCCCAGCUAUAAAUCCAUCUUUGUGGUCUUGUCCCUAGCAAGUGGGGUCUUUCUAAUCACCACCAUUGUAUUGUCUGUGUGUCUGUAUCAAAAAUGUAAAAAGCCUCACGCUGAGCAAUACAGCACACACCUCAUCUCUUAUAAAAACCCAGCAUUUGAUUACCCCUUAAAACUGCAGCCAUGUAAUUAGCCCCAGGUAGUUUUGUCAACAUAUUUUGCAGUAAAACAUCUUAUAGCAACACAUUUAAGUGGAAUCCAGCUGCUCACUCACAGAACUGACUUCAUCUCUGUUGUAAUUCUAAAGAAAUUACACCAGGGGCAUCUGUGGCUCCAAAUGCUUAGUUUUGUUACAACAGGACAUCACCUGGCCUGUUUCUGAGAUCUCUAUUCUCCAUUUCCAAAGAUCUGUGUUCAGAGUGAAGUUUCUCUUUUUAUUAUAAUGUAUAAUCAUUUUCAGGCAGCUGAUUGAGAAGU